AUGAUUAUCUUCUAUGUGAAGGACCAGCCUAUUAAGGAGGAUUCUGGCAAGAAUCUUGCUGGACUCCCGGAUGAAGCCUUCGAGUCAUUGCCUGAUCUUCAGUACAUUUAUCUGGCCAACAACCAGCUUACUGUGGCACCCCAGUUUCUGCCCCGUUCCCUACGCAUUGCUGACCUUGCUGCCAACCAGUUGGUGGAGAUCUACCCCCUUACAUUUGGGGAGAAGCCUGAACUCAGAUCUGUGUAUCUUCAUGACAACCAGCUAACCAACACGGGCCUCCCCUUUGAUGCCUUCCGUGGUUCUGAGGCCAUCACCACCCUGAUCCUCUCCAGUAACCAGCUUAGCUACCUCCCGCCCAGCUUGCCCUCUUCACUGAUUCGACUCCACCUGCAGAACAACCGAAUUGCCAAGGUUCCCCGAGGGGCCCUGGGCCGACAAAUCCAGCUACGAGAGCUCUAUCUACAGCACAAUCGGCUAUCUGAUGCUGGCCUUGAUGCUACCACCUUCAGCAAACUCAAGAGCCUGGAGUACUUAGACCUGUCCAACAACAGGUUGGGUGAGGUGCCGGAGGGGUUACCACCAAGCCUGGUCAUUCUGCACUUGGGCAGGAACCAGAUUUGCCAUGUGCCAGCGGGAAGGCUUAGCGGGGCCCGGGGUCUGCAGUAUUUGUUACUACAGCACAACCCACUGGGGCCUAGAGGAUUGGACCUGGCUGCCUUCCAGGGUCUUCGGGGCCUGCAUACGCUGCACCUUUAUGCCAGUGGGUUGGAACAGGUGCCACCAGGACUGCCCCGCCGCCUCCAUGCCCUCAUGUUGCCCCACAACCGCAUCAGUGAGCUGGGGCCUCGUGCCUUCGUGGCCACACCCUCUCUGGUUGACCUCAAUCUGGCCCACAAUCAACUCACCAGUGCACACCUCCACCACCUGGCAUUCCGCCGCCUGGGGCAUCUGCAGACCCUUGACCUAACAGGAAACCGACUUACACUGCUGCCUCAGGGCCUGCCUGGCAGCCUGCAGGUGCUCAGGCUACCCAGGAAUCAGCUCAACACCCUGGACCCCGAGCCCAUGACCAACUUGAGCAUGCUUCAGGAGUUACACCUGGGACACAACAGGCUCCGUGUGGGUUCUAUCAUGCCUGGGACCUGGCAGGAGGUCCCCAGCCUCAAGCUCCUGGAUCUCAGUCACAACGAGCUGUCUUUUGUGCCCCCUGAUCUUCCUGAGGCCCUGGAAUUCCUAUACCUUCAGGGGAACCGCAUCAGCAGCGUGGGUGCCCAAGCCUUCCUCACAACACCCCGCCUCCGAGCACUGGUCCUCAGAUCCAACCAGCUGAUGAUGACCAGUAUCUCCCCAGAAGCCUUUCUGGAUCUGCUGCAUUUAGAGGUGGUUGAUACAACAGGAAACCCUGAGCCAGUCAUCGUCAAGAUGCCCAAACGGCCCAAAAGGCCCCAAAGGCCCCAGGCCCACUGA